UGCGCGCGCGCCUGCGCAUCAGGGCCAGGGGACGGGUUGGGGGGUGAAGAAGGGGCCGGCCUUCAAGCAACAGCGACGCAAGAUGGCAGCCACCACGGGCUCGGGAGUAAAAGUCCCUCGCAAUUUCCGACUGUUGGAAGAACUCGAAGAAGGCCAGAAAGGAGUAGGAGAUGGCACAGUUAGCUGGGGUCUAGAAGAUGACGAAGACAUGACACUUACAAGAUGGACAGGGAUGAUAAUUGGGCCUCCAAGAGUCUGCCGUGCACCUGUAUCCUAGUUCCUUGGGCCAUUCAGCAAAGGUCCCUUGCCAGCCUGUCAGCUCCUGGUCUAUUCCAGGCACUACUAGACCCAGAGGCCUUUGCAAAGAAGACGAAGACAGUGAGGAUGGGGAAAAGUGGCCUCUUUCAGAACUUCCUGAUUUGUGAGAGUUCCCAGUCUUCAUAAUGCCAGCCAACCAUUUUUUGAGGACACAUUGUAAACCCUCAAGAAAUGUCUCUUAACUCUCACAAGACCCUAUUGUUAGGUGCAAUUGCAUUCCAUUUUACAGAUGAGGAGACAGACUCAGAGGAGUCAGGUCUCUUGCCCAAAGUCACAUAGCUGGUAACCCCCAAACCAGAUCUGACUCCAGAGCCUGUGCUCUUAACCACUGUGCUGUGGUGUCUCCCUUUUGUUUACAUUUUGAGUUUUCAUCUGUUACCAUUUUAGAAGAUACUAAUCAAGUAGUAACUUGAUGUAGGAGUCAAGAAAUCGAUUUCCAUACUGUGACACACACUUCAGACAAGCAGUAAGGGCUUCUGCCUGAAUGUAGCAAGACCUGUCCUGUGUCUGCUUGUGUUUAAGGAUGAUGACAACAUUCAUUCAUUCUUUUGAUUGUGUGCAGGACUCUGCACUAGCACUGUGGGAGCAGAAAGACAUGUAGGGUGUGGCCCCGGCUGGAAUAGGGACAAGUGACAUGUUCGUUAAGUGUUAGGACACUAAUGCUCACCUCAGAUGGUCAUCAACAUUCAUGGUGAAUGAUUGGCUUUGCCAUUUAAUGUUGCUUCUUAAGUCAUUUUGUGACCCUAUCGUUUUGUGGAGUUUAAAAAAUAUAUACAUUCGAUCUGUUUUUACUCAUUUCUUUAUCCUUUUUUUCCUGUGAAAACCAGAAUUUUCUGUGUCUGCUAAAUACCGGGGAAAACCCAAUCUAGAAAUCCUGUUUCUCCGUGGAGAUAAUUUUCUUUGCUGUCUCUGAAGGUCCAUCAUAUGCUGACGUCUUCUUCACUGCAUGUCUUCUCUUCCUAAGAAUGAUUUUGGAUCAUCUUGAGGAUGAGAACUGUGCUUCCCUCCUUACUUCCCAGAAUACCUAGAAAUGACUCAGAAUGGGGUACUCAAUAGAUUUUUUUGUUUGUUUUUUUUUGUUUGUUUGUUUGUUUUUUUGAGACGGAGUCUCACUCUUUCACCCAGGCUGGAGUGCAGUGGCGCGAUCUCGGCUCACUGCAGGCUCCGCCCCCCGGGGUUCACGUCAUUCUCCUGCCUCAGCCUCCCGCGUAGCUGGGACUACAGGCGCCUGCCACCUCGUCCGGCUAAUUUUUUGUAUUUUUAGUAGAGACGGGGUUUCACCGUGUUAGCCAGGAUGGUCUCGAUCUCCUGACCUUGUGAUCUGCCCGCCUCGGCCUCCCAAAGUGCUGGGAUUACAGGCGUGAGCCACCGCGCCCGGCCAACUCAAUAGAUUUGUUAAUCGACUUACUGAUUUACAGGUUCUAAAAUAUUGAGAAUUGAACCAAUGUACAACAUUGUGAUACACUAAAUACCACUGAAUUGUACACUUUCGAAAAAACACACAAGACGAUGAAUCAGUAAGUUCUGCUGAAAAUAUUCUAUCUGCCUAAAACAGCUUGGGCUACCCUGAAUUUCAGUUUAUCUCUUUCCAAAAGAGGCUUUGGAAGUUGUAAUGAGUAGCUAUGGUAUGCCAGGAGUCCUCCAUGUAUUUGUUUUUGGUAGCAGCUUUAUUGGGAUAGAAUUCACCCUUUUAAAUGUACAGUUCAGUGGUCUUAUAUUCAGAGUUGUGCAUCCGUCACUAAUUUCAGAACGUUUUCGUCACCUCUAAGAGGAACCCCAUACCCAUCGGUAGGCACCCCCCAUUCUCCCUCCCACAUCCCCCAUUUCCCAUCUUUGACAAUCAUCAGUCUACUUUCUAGCUCAAUGAAUUUGCCUUUUCUGAACAUCUAUUAUAAAUGGAAUUCUACAGUAUGUGGCCUUUUGUGACUGGCUUCCUUUACUCGGCAUAAUUUUUUCAAGGUUCAAGCAUAUUGUAGCAUCUAUCAAUACUUUUAUUCUUGUUAUGGCUGAAUAAUAUUCCAUUGUACAGAUAUGCCGUAUUUUGUUUUUCCAUUUGUCGAUGAACAUUUGGGUUGUUUCUACCUUUUGGCUAUUAUAAAUAAUGCUGCUAGGAACAUUUAUAUACAGGUUUGUGUGUGGACAUAUAUUUUCUUUUUUUUUUUUUAUCUACAUCUGCUGGAAUACAUGGAUAUACUUUUUGUUUUUGGCUACCUAAUUUUUCCUCCUUUGAAGAUGUACAUAUAUUAUAUAUAAUUAUAUAUUAUAAUGCACUAUAUA